AUGUUAUUGUGGAAGCAAAAUGAGCAUAGGUCUGCCUUCAUUAGUAGAACGGAGACUGAGAAUAUUAUUUGUUCUUACCGUCAUUCAAUGUCAGAACCCCACCCUCUAAUAGUUCCUAUACUAGAGGAAGUUGGUUUUUCUGGGGUUGCAAACCUCAGACAUCUGAAAGUGGAUCACGCAUUAAUCACAGCUUUGGUUGAAAGAUGGAGGCCUGAGACUCAUACCUUCCGUUUUCCAACAGGGGAGUGCACCAUAAGACUGGAGGAUGUUGCCGCUCAACUUGGCCUAAGAGUUGAUGGUUUACCAGUCAUUGGCCCAACAUUAUAUGACUGGGAGGAAAUGUGCUCCACGUAUCUCGGAAUUGUGCCAGUUAAAGAUCAAGGUUUGAUCACAUUUAGAAUGAUCAGGUAA